GCUGCGGCUCGCCUAUCAACAACCUCCCUCAUUUAUCGCAUAUAUUUCCACCUCAUUGUCGGCGGCAUUCUCUCAUUUCGCGCGAGAGAGUAGCUCUAUCUCUUUUCUCCCACAUAACCACACUCCUUUUUUCCCCCUCUCUCUUCUUCCCUUCGUCCCCUUCCACCCGUCCAGCUCCCGCUCCCCAAUGGAUUCGAGUCCUGCGGCGUCCUGGCAACCCACCGACGAGUCGCGAGAGGCCACCAUCAUCUGACCCCGAACAUAGCGCAGCGCAAGAGGAAAAGAAGAGACAGGCGGGAAUUACGGUAACGGGGGAGAAAGAACGAGAAAACGGGGAAGCUGCUGAGCGCAUCCUAGAUUUCCUUGAUGGGGAUAGUGUCAAAUAUAUAUAAAUAUAUAUUCUGACUUAACUUGUCUCCUGCCUUUUUUUUUUUUUUUUUCUUCUUUUUUUUUUCCCCCGCUGGUGGCGUGGUAUCGCAGUUUGUGUGCUUGCUUGUCUUACUACAUUCUAGCAACUUUUCCUCUUCUGGUAAUUUCUAGCUGGAAGGAGUUGGGAGAGCUGGGGCAAUGGCAGCGGGAGGACGGGAUGGUAAUAAUGCUGAUGCGAUCCCCGAACUUGACGGUGAAAAGGAUCUCUUGAGGGUUCUCUCUGAUAAAGAACCGACGUUUGCUGAAGUCAACGAUUAUCUUGCCAAGUUCCGUAUCGCAUGCCAAAAUGCCAUAUUUCACUGCUUCGAGACCGGGACGGAGACCGCAUCUCUGCGUGUGGAGGGCCGGUUAUGGGAGAUACAUGUGAAGAUCAACAACCGGUUUCGCAAGCUUUUACUUCGUUUCCGUGACGAUAACGCGCAGAAAAAGAGACCCGUCGAAAGGCGAAAGUUGCAGAGCCACUACUUGAACUUUAUCAAAUCGAGCCAGCGUUUCUACCGUGGCUACAUCCAACAUCUCGUGUCGCGAUUCGACCGUAUACCGGAACUGGAGAAAUUGGCCAAGGAACUUAAGUUUGAGAACAUCUCUGUAGAGGAAAAACCUGAAAUUCCGGACGAUCUACGCAAGAGCGUCCUGCUUACAUGCCAUGCAACCCUUAUCCGCCUUGGCGAUCUUUCCCGCUAUCGCGAAAUGGAAUUGGUUCCGCCAACGAAGAAUCGAAACUGGAACCAGGCUAUCAGGUAUUAUAAAUUGGCCGAUAUGCUGAACCCAGACUCGGGAAUGUCCCACAACCAGCUAGCGGUGAUUGGGCUUGCGGAUGGAAACCAUCUGCAAGCAACUUAUCAUCUAUACCGCGCUUUAUCCGCCCAAGAGCCGUACCCGGGCUCGCACGGGAAUCUGCAAAUUGAGUUUAGGAAAGUGUUAGCAGUCCGGGCUAAGGGGGAGCCUAUCGCAAGCGCAACUGAUGAGAAAGCCUCUCUUAUCUCUAUGUUUGUUUACCUCCAUGCCCAGUGCUACAAAGGGUUGGACUUUCCUGAGCACGAUGAACUUGAAAAUGAGAUCCUUAGUCAAAUGGCUAUUGACCUCAAGGAGCUCUCCUUGCACCCGCAUCUAUUGCAGAAAUUUUGUUUGAUAAACAUCGCUGCGGAAGAGUACGCAAAUGCUAGGCGGACGAAUGAGGGAAAAAGCGCAGGCGAUGUAGAGCCCGCACGCGAUGCACCGCUGUUUUUCCAGAGACUCAAUGUGAAAACUUUCUUCACUCUGUUGCAAAUCUUGCUUUCCGAGCUGGAAUGCUCGGUUGCAGCAAACGAGUCUGAAAGAAUAACGCCAGUUGCACAGUGCGUUUUGCCCGCCCUGCGACACUAUAGCUCCUGGCUGCUCUCGAACAGUGGCUCUUUGGUCUAUGAAGAUAAGGAUACUCUGUUAUAUGUGCAGAUCAAAGAAUUCUGGAAAAUGUAUGCGGGUACUUUAAGCCUGCUUACAUCGAGUUUCGACGUGCCAAGUCUUUCUGAUGUCGGGUAUCUUCUUCAGGAAGACGAAGAUACGCUAGGGUUUAGUCCCUUGGUUAAUGAUAUAACCUGGCGAAGAUACGUUGAUGAGCGUGGCCAUAAGAAACCCAGAUCCGAUCAUAUCACAGAGAAACUGCCCGCUCAUAUUGAAAUGCUGUUUCGUGUUCGUGAAUUUGUGAUUGAUGGUCUUGAUUUGGUUGUUCAAGAGAAAAUUCCUAUCAUUCUCGCAGAGAAUAAGGAGACAAAACUAUUUGUCUGCAAGGAAGAAGGGCUCCCUCAAUUCUCAAGCCCAAGCGGACAUCAACACCGACACACCCUUUCCUCCACUAGCAUAGAGCGCGAAGACAUCCGUCCUCCUGAAUCCAGUCAGGGGCCAAUGGAAUACGCCAACUCCCAAUCGGCAUCAGCAUCUAUCUCCCUCGCUAUGAACCAGAUGGUCGACAACCUCGUUGAAUCAGAAACAACCGAAAACUGUCCCCCAAUUGAAAAAACCCUCUCGUCCACUACAGCAUGGCGCGACGCAAGCCUAAAUAACGCCAAUACCAAUAAUGGGGUUUCUCAACAAGACGGGGAUGACGACCGCGCCGGUAACGGUAAUUUUACCGGAACUGGAACGGGAACCUUCAAUUCAUACAGUCCCAUCAUCGAACCUGCAGCCCCGCAAUCAUAUUCUCCCCGGCCCGCUCUACCAAGUAUCCUUAACACUCCAUUUGCGCCGCAACCAGGCGAAGCCCUAUCGCCCGCUACCCGUCCUUCUACGGCCAUCAGGCAAGGCGAUCAGUAUAACCCGAUCCUCCGCGCGAAUCAUCAUAACGGAGCGUUCUCCCCAGCCCAAGAUUUCCCACAACAACAGCAGUACAUCAUGGGUUUCCAAAACAGCCUGCAACUCCCGUCCACGCCCAAUGACUAUUCAUAUGCAACAAGCAGCCUAUCGCCAACACAGACACAAACCCCAGGUAUCCCCUAUAAUCAAGGCGGGGCUGGUGGGUAUGCCACCCGCCAACCACCACCGGGCCUUCCGUUCAAUGGUUUUUUGAACACCGCUGCUCACCAGUACAACGAGCGGGGAUUCAACCAGCCAUCCGGUGUGUCUUAUCAGUACUCAUCGUACGAUCCCAUUUCGAGUGUGAAUUCCAAAGCGUCGCAUUUGGGCGCCGGCGUUAUUGGCCAGACACCGCCUAGUGGGCAGGGGAGUGGCGGAUGACCAGUUUUUUUCUCUUUGGGCAAUGCCUUCUUUCGUGGCAUAUUCACUGGGAUAUAUACACUUGUUUUGUAGGGAAGUGCAGGAGAAAGGGGGGCGGGGUUUGUUUUUAACCCCUUGACUUGGGAAACAAUGUUGAUGGGGGCCUACUUGUUCUUCCUAGAUGGAGAAGGAUCCAAUAAGGCGUACUAUGCUAUGUCAUGGAUGUUUAUUCGAGUUAGUAAAGGUAAUCGGCGAAAACGGAUAACUUCAAAGAGCGAAUAUUAGCAUACCCCUCUGUUGCGAGCCCCUCGACAUUGGCUAUACCACUUUCUACCACCAGUGCGAUGAGCUGCCUUCUCGCCCGGACAGGGUCGUUGCAAACCCCGACCGACUUCCCACACGAUCUUCCUUCCCAAAAAGCCACCCGGCCAGCCUCAGUUCACGUCUCUCUCUAACUACGAGCCCCAUGGCUUCCUUUAGCCACCAACAAGGGCACCACCAUCCCUACUGCCAUCACUAGCAGGCCCAGCGCUACCCGUCUCAUUUCCUCUCAGCAAUUUUACCCUCCUGAAAGUUUGCAAUUGCGGAACGGAAAACCAGAAUUCAAAACGGGGACCUCAUUUCCUUCAACACUUGUCCGGACCAGGCUGCUUCAGAAAACUGCAACCUAGGCGCGAUUGAUACAUAUAACCACAACUAGCCAGCAACCUAGUCUACUCUAACCCCUAGGCAAGAAUACCCCGCUCUCCUGGGUCCAAUGUACGGUGCAGUCCACCACACGCACGGGCAUCAGAGUAACACACAGCGCCACUCUCACACGCUCGUAAAGAUGUGUGGUACAUACGCCUGGCUUGAACAUAAAUUGCAGUUAUGGGAUUGUGGGCUACGAUGGCCGUGGAUGGAGUUUUUUGUCAUUUCCUUAGAUGGAUAGCUAGCGGUUGCUGGCUGUCCGGAUUCACGUUUCUUUUCUUUUCUUUUCUUUUCUUUUUAUUUAAUAAAGAAGAAACCUUUUAUACUGUAUCUAUUGACUUGAAUAUAUGUACGCCAUGCGAUGCUACGCUUGUGCUACGAUUUAUGCUAUGCAUGCAUGCUAUUGUUCUGCUCUGUGAUUAAUCUCCUUUUUUUUCUCUCUCUUUGAAAUCAUUGAUAAGAACAUAUACCUGUGUCUACGUGUGUAUUCAUUCACAUGCUUUGGUCGUUUUUCAUUACCAGUAUUAUUCCUUUCAUUUAUUUAUUUUUUCAACCCCCCAACCUCCUCUAAUCGUAUUUUUUUUUUUCACCAGAACAAUUUUUGUACAGAGAUGUAUCUUACCAGACUGAGUGGUAGCUUAAUUAGAUUGAUUGGCUGGCUUUUGUUAUUACUUACGCUAUUCAGAAUUGCACAAUUUAUUUUUUUUUCCCUUUAUUUUAUUUAUAGUUAAAUAAUUACCCUUCACUCUCUUCAUCCCAUCAGCUCUACAACCCAACCCCACCCCCGGGUAGAGAUAUACGUAUCUAUUUCCUCCGCGUUAGAUCGAGGUGUAUCUAAUACGAUCUAUUUAGAGCAAAGCUGUGCACCUAUGGGAGUUUGCAUUGAAUAACGUAUCCAGCAGGAAAGGAAGUAGGAAAAAAUCAACACUUUAUUAUUUGCGGGAAAAAAGUACCAUAACGCGUUGUUGAAAACGAGACAAUUCUAUCAUUAAAUCUUCUUACUUCCCUUUUUCUUUUCUUUUCUGAAAAGAAAUUCUCUAUCUGGCAGUUGAAAUUUUGUUUUUCU